AUGAGGGGGGCGGAAGUUAGGAGGCGGCGCAGUUUCUCCUACGGGCGGUGGGUUCUCGCCGUGAUGAGCCGCCCCGUGACGAAGGAGCAAUACGCCAGUGUGAGGAAGGUGCAGCGGGCGCUGCUAGGCGCAUGCCCCACGGCCCCGCGGCAGGAGCUUCUGGACGCCCACUCCAUGGGGCUAAUCAACUUCUUGAGUGGCAAGGAGUCCAAGUUGCAGGCCCUUACGCGGCACCUCGAUAUCGCUGCUAAUGAAUCGCUGCAGCCCCUGAAGUUGUUGGGAGAGUUCAUGAGCUUCAUUGUGGGCAGUCUCACAGUUGAGGCGGACAAGAUUGAGGAGGCUGUCUGCGAUGCGCGGAAGGUUGUGGCAACCCUCACGCACGAAAUUCAACGUUGUGAGGUGGAGCUAGGAUACAGGCAGCAGUACGGCGGCACGAACGUUACUCGAGUGCUGGCCCAAUUUUACCACACAAGGCGAGUGACCUCCUCGAGCACAGCCAACUUCGGCGGGGAUAAAGAUGGGUAUACGCAUGAUCUUCUAUUGGCCAUCGCAGAGGAUCGCGCCCUGCUACAAGAAAAUAGGCGCAGACUGCGCGUUCUCAUCAUGGUGCAGCGGCUUCUAUGGGGAUCUGGUAAUGUGUCGGCGGAUGAUGCCGAGCGUAUGCUUCGCGACUUUGGUGUCACGCUUACGAUUCUUCGCUUUAAUCACAAGUUGAGGGACCUCAUGCUUCCACUCAAGCCAGAGUCGCGAAACUCGCUCGAAUGUUUGAGUUCCCUCGGGGAAUUUAUUGCGAAGGUCCAUAUUGGGCUCUCCGCGGCGACGGAAGAUUUAGAUGUAUGCCUUUUGUCGCUAAAAAAGUGUAUUUUGAUGCACGAGGAAGACUCGAGGGUCCGCCGCAUCAGCGCCUUGCGCGAGGCACCCGCUGUAGAAGUUUCUUCGGUGUUCCAUGCAUCGCGGCCCAACCGGCGGGCGUCGACAUCCGCAAGGGAGACCGAAGAACUCAGCAAAUUGUAUUGCUCGUAG